AUGUCUGAAGCGGAUUUAGAGAGAGAGCUGCUGCUGCGGCAGCAACGCAUGCAGGAGCGUCGCUUAGCACAGGAGCGGCUGCAGCAGCAGCAGCAACAGCUGCAGCAGCAGCAGCAGCAACUGCAGCAGCAACAGCAGCAACUGCAGCAGCAACAGCAGCAGCUUCUCAUUGAAGAAGCAGACCUUGUGCGUAACAGCCCCCAGUCUGCCUCUCGUUUUGCUGCUGAUAAAGAGCAGCAGCAGCAGCAGCACUUGUUGCUGCAGCAGCUGCAACUGCAGGAACAGCAGCAGCAGCAGCAGCAGCAGCAGCACACGUUCCAGCUGCAGCAGCAGCUGCAACUGCAGCAGCAGCAGCAGCAGCAGCAGCGAAAUGACAAGCUGUUGCGGUCGAGCUGUAGUGACAGCGAUGCAAACAUAUCAGCAGCAGCAGCAGCAGCAGCGCAUGCAGCUGCUGCUGUUGCUGCCCGCUUCUCCCAUACAGAGAGGCUCUGCUGCCGCAGCAACAGCAACAGCAGCAGCAGCAGCAGCAACAGCGGUAGCGGCAGCUAUAGACAACCGAGUUCAAGCGGCAAUUCACCGGUUGCAGCAGCAGCAGCAGCAGCAGCUGCUGCUGCUGCUGCUGCUGUACAGGCAGUAGAAGUGCCCCGCCGCGUUCACUGCAGCAGCAGCAGCAGCAGCAGCAGGCCCCCACCCCCUCGGCAACUUACUCUGCCGCAGCAGCAGCAGCUGCAGCAGCAGCUCCUGCUCCAACAGCAACAGCAGCAACAGCAGCAGCAGCAGCAACAGCUGCAGCAGCAGCAGCAGCAGCAGCAGCGGCAGCUUGUGUCUUGCUGCUGGCGCGACCUUCCUAUUGAGCGGCAGCCGAACUUCCCUCCCUCCUCUCUGCCUAGCUUUGCUGCUGCUGCUGCUGCUGCUGCUGCUGCGGAUGAAGCACCAGCAGCAGGAAACGUUUCACGGCGCAGCACCUCAUCAGCAGCAGCAGCAGCAACAGCAGCAGCAGCAGCAGCAGCAGCAGCAGAUGACCAGAAGCAGCAGUUCAAGCUGCCGCCUCUAUCGCGGGGUUUACAGUCUAUGUCAGCAGCAGCAAGCAUCGAUGCAGCAGCAGCAGCAGCAGCAACAGCAGCAACAGCAACAGCAGCAGCAGCAGCAGCAGCAGGAAGACAGUUCAUGUAUGAGAGUGAUUCUUCUGUGCUGCCGUCGUCAGCAGCAACGCCAGUCUCGGCAAGGCAAGCAGCAGCAGCAGCAGCAGCAGCAGCAACAGCAGCAGAAGCAGCAGAAGCAGCAGCAGAUGCAUACGUUGCUGCAGCAGAGGCUGCUGCACUCUCAGCCUCAGAUGCUGUUGAUGCUGCUGCUGCUGCAGCGCGUGGCCAGCAACAGCAGCAGCAACAGCAGCAGCAGCAGCAGCAGCAGCAGAUAAUGCAGCAGCUGGAUCGCCGCCAUGCAGCUCUUUCUCAGCUGCAGCAGCAGCAGCAGCAGCAGCAAAUGCUGCAACAUGAUGCGGGUGUUUACAUGGAUGCAGCAGCAGCAGCAGCAGCAGCAACUGCAGCAACACCAGCACCAGCAGCAGCAGCAGCAGCAGCAGCAGCAAUCGCCAACAGCAGCAAGGAGGAGCGCAGCAACUGCCGCUUCGAUAGCCCUUCCAACGCAGGUCCGCAUGCAGCAGCAGCAGCAGCAGCAGCAGCUGCUGCUGCUGCUGCUUCGCGUACACAACCGCUGAAGCCUGUAGUCCAGCAGCAAGUCGCCAGCAGCAGCAGCAGCAGCAGCAACAGCAGCAGCAGCAGCAACAGCAGCAGCAGCAGCAGCAGCAGGCCGCAUGCACAGUUGAAUAUAUCUUCAGAUCUAUCAUUUAUUUCAGCAGCAGGAGAUACUGCCUCAGCCUGCAGCAGCAGCAGAACUGCUGCUGCGUUGUGGGGUAUGCAUAGCAGCAGCAGCAGCAGCAGCAGCAGCAGCAAGGCAUUUGACUACACUGCCCUGCGCAGCAGCAUCCGCAACAUUCGCGACAGCUUCACGCUGCUGCCUGCAGCAGCAGCAGCAGCAGCAGCAGCAGCAGUAAGAACCCCAUCAGCUGCAGCAGAAUCAGCCACAAGCGGCACCAGCAGCAGCAGCAGCAGCAGCAGCAACAGCAGCAGCAGCAGCAGCAGCAAGCAGCAGAUGAAGCCUCAGAUAGAUUCUGUUGCUUCCACUACAUGCGGCUGGAGCAGCAGCAGAAGCCUCUCUACGCAGGGUACUGCUGCGGGGCCAGCUACUCUUGCUGCUGCUGCUGCUGCUGCUACUGGUGCUGCUGCUGCUGCUGCUGGCAGCAGCAACAGCAGCAGCUGCAGCAGCAGGGGCUUCACUCCCGUGCUGUCUGUCUCUCCCUCCGGCAGCUUCAUACAGUCUUCUCCUCAGCCCCUUCUGCGUGGGCUGGGGCAGCAGCAAGAACCAGCAGCAGCAGCAGCAGCAACAGCAGCAGCAGCAGCAGCAACUGCAGCAACAGCACCUGCAACUGCAACAACAGCAGCAGCAACUACAGCUGCUGCUGCUGCUGCUGCUGCUGCUGCACCGGCACCAGCUGAGCUGCAGCAACGCCCAAGCAAUCUGCGGCCGGCGGAGAAUGUGGUGAUGGGGAGCAGCGGAGAGCAGCAGCAGCUGGUGCAGCAGCUGCAGCAGCGAGUGCAGCAGCAGCAGCAGCAACUGCAGCAGCAGCAGCAGCAACUGCAGCAACAGCACCUGCAACUGCAACAACAGCAGCAGCAACUACAGCAGCAACAACAUGAACUGGAGCAGCAGCAGCAGCAGCAGAUUGAGUGGCAGGCUAUGCAGGAGGAGCUGAGGCAGCACAAGAAGCCCUGGCUGUACGUACACUUCGUUGUUAUAUGUUAA